CCCCCUAUUUCGCGCAUGCGCAGUUCCGUCAGCAGCAUGGCCGCAGGCAGCGGUACGGAGUGGUUGAGGAGUGUGAAAGGAGUGAUUUUAGACAUGUGUGGAGUUCUGUAUGACAGCGGAGAGGGAGGAGGACAGGCGAUACCCGGAUCUGUCGAAGCAGUGAGGAGGCUGAAGGAUUCCGGUCUGACGGUGCGUUUCUGCACUAAUGAGACUCAGAACACACGUGAGAGGUUCGUGCAGAAGCUGUGUGUGAUGGGCUUCGACCUCAGCGUCAGUCACGUGUUCUCCCCAGCACCUGCUCUCAUACACACACUCAGAGAGAGACAGCUGCGGCCCCACCUGCUGGUGCACGACGAUCUGAUCCCGGAGUUUGACGGCGUGGAUAUGAGUUCUCCGAACUGCGUCGUCAUCGGAGACGCUGCGGAUAAUUUCUCUUACCAGAACCUGAAUGAAGCCUUCCGUGUUCUGAUUGGUCUGGAGAACCCGCUGCUGUUCUCACUGGGUCAAGGACGCUACUAUAAAGAGACGGACGGGCUGAAGCUGGACGUGGGCGUGUUCAUGAAGGCACUGGAGCACCUGUGUUGUGUUCAGUAUGCGUGUGACGUCCAGGCCGAGGUGGUGGGAAAACCCUCAGCUGACUUCUUCCAGACGGUCCUCAGAGACAUGAAGCUCCAGCCACACGAGGUUGUGAUGAUCGGUGAUGAUCUGCUCAAUGAUGUUGGUGGAGCCCAGCGCUGCGGGAUGAAGGGUCUUCAGGUCAGAACUGGCAAAUACAGGCCGAGUGAUGAGCGGCACCCGAGCGUGAGAGCGGACGCCUACAUGGACGACCUCUCCGCCGCCGUGAACGCCAUCAUGACCCAUCACUAAAAGAUCAAUCAGCCCAUCACUGACCCAUCAGGACACCACAUUAGUGAUGGGAUAGUACUGUAGAUGCAGAGACAUGAAUAAAACUAUGAAAGCUGGACACAAGCAUUAUUAAUAAAGUCAAUAACGCUUUAUAAUGCAUUAUAAAAGGUUUCAUAGCAUGCAUUUAUAAUUCAAUGUAUCGUUUCAUAAAUCUAACUUGUAUUAUAAAAUGAUCCAUGUAUUUUAACACUUAAUUUCUAUAAUACUGUAUCCUUCACGUAGAUACAGUAUUAUAUCUGUAGUUACUCAUGAGAUCAUACGAUGCAUUCUGAGCUGCAUAAUCAACGGCUAAAAACUACUUUAUAGUGUAUUAUAUAUAGAGGCUGCAGCAUUUAUUAGCAUUGUUUGUGUAUUUCCUUGAAUGCUAAUCCUGCUGCAUUCUCAUAGGAGUUGUGUUGAACUGACGAACUCAGUAAAACACAUUAUUUUUGAUUAAA